AGUGUAAACAGGUGAGGUCACGGCGUCACAACUGGACAGCACGCGCAGCUGGCAGAAGACAGGCUGGUGUCACGUCCUUAUAGACAAAUUUAAGAAAAACACAUUUGGCCGUUUUAAAUUCCUGGAGAAUAGAAAGGGGGAACUAAGGUUACACAACAUAUAAAAGAGAGCUUCGAGAGGAACGGCAACAUGUUCACUUGGGUAAAUAAGGAACAGGGUGGAAGGAUCAAGGACGGCGAUAUGUUUCAGACAGUGACAGAAGGACUUCAGAGUCUUUAUUCCAAGAAACUGCUGCCGUUAGAGGAGACGUACCUCUUUCACGACUUCCACUCACCGGCGCUGGAGGAGGCAGACUUCCAGAGCAAACCCAUGGUCCUCCUGGUCGGACAGUAUUCCACUGGGAAAACCACUUUUAUAAGGUAUCUUUUGGAGCAGGAUUUUCCAGGGAUGCGAAUUGGCCCCGAACCAACGACCGAUGGAUUCAUUGCUGUGAUGUAUAAUGAGAACGAGGGAAUUGUUCCUGGAAAUGCCUUGGUUGUAGACCCCAAGAAACCUUUCCGGAAACUCAAUGCCUUUGGAAAUGCCUUCUUAAACAGGUUCAUCUGCUCGCAAAUGCCCAACCAAGUCCUGCAGAGCAUUAGCAUCAUUGACACCCCGGGGAUCUUGUCUGGCGAGAAGCAACGCCUAAGCAGAGGCUAUGAUUUCUCUGAAGUCCUGCGCUGGUUUGGAGAGCGAGUGGACCGUAUCAUCCUCCUCUUUGAUGCUCACAAGCUGGACAUAUCUGAUGAGUUUUCUGAAGCGAUCAGAGCUUUCCGUGGACAGGAUGACAAAAUCCGUGUGGUGCUGAACAAAGCUGACCAAGUGGACACUCAGCAGUUGAUGCGGGUUUAUGGUGCGCUGAUGUGGUCAUUGGGAAAGGUGAUCAAUACACCAGAGGUGGUGAGGGUCUAUCUCGGCUCCUUUUGGGCCAAGCCUCUCCAGAACUCAGACAACCGCCGCCUAUUUGAAGCUGAAACACAGGAUCUCUUCAGAGACAUUCAAAAUCUGCCUCGAAACGCUGCCCUGCGCAAACUUAAUGACCUCAUCAAAAGAGCUCGUCUUGCCAAGGUGCAUGCUUACAUCAUUAGCUACUUGAAAAAGGAGAUGCCAUCCCUGUUUGGGAAAGAGAAGAAGAAGGAAGAGCUGAUUGCCCACCUGCCUGAGAUCUAUCAGAUGCUGCAGAGGGAGCACCACAUCUCACCUGGAGAUUUCCCUAAUGUCAUCAAAAUGCAGGAGCAACUCCAACAAUACGACUUCAGCAAAUUCCCUUCGUUGAAGGUGAAGUUGAUUGAAUCUGUGGACAAGAUGUUGUCCACCAAAAUCUCAAGUCUGUUGAACAUGAUCCGAGAGGAAGAAAGCAAACAGCCAACUCAGAUGGUAAUGGGUGGAGCCUUUGAGGACUCUUCUGAUGGGCCUUUCGGCCAUGGCUAUGGUGAGGGUAUCAGUGCAGGGGCUGACACUGAGGACUGGAUCGUAAGCCGCGACAAGCAUCGUUAUGACGAGAUCUUUUACACCUUGAUGCCUAUCAAUGGGAAGGUUACUGGCAUCAAUGCCAAGAAGGAGAUGAUGAAUUCCCACUUGCCCAACACUGUACUAGGAAAGAUCUGGAAGCUUGCAGACUGUGAUAAGGACGGAAUGCUGGAUGAUGAAGAAUUUGCUCUUGCUCAGCACCUUAUUAAGCUCAAGCUAGAAGGAUUUGAGCUUCCAACUGACCUACCAAUUCACCUAGUGCCUCCAUCCCACAGGAAGAACCCCACUGCAGACAUAUUAUACAACCAGCAGGAGGAUUGAUCACUUUACCUGCCUGUGCCCAUUAAUAGAGGUUCCUUCAUAUCUGCAUUAUCAUCCAGCUGCACAGAGUGGAAUAUUAAAAUCUAAAGAAACUACGUUGAAAGGGGUCAAAUUUUAUUGGUUAAGCCAUCUUUCACAUUCCACUGCAUUUGACUGUUGAAAUUAAGUGUAGCUCUCACACAAGGAAAUAUGCCCAACUUCACACUAAUACGUUUUAGUUUGAAAACGCAUUGUUUUUCUGCGUUUACGCCUCUCAUCCACUCUGAAAAAAUUCGUUUUUCUUCACCGGAAAUGGAGACUUUCGAAAAUGCUUUCUAUAACUCUGUAGCCUAUAUUUAGAAAAAUGAUGACAUUUGGAAACUGAAAAUGAACUUUUUCAAAGAAAUGGACAUUGCUUAACUUGGAGAACAACACAGAUUUAUGACAGACAAUUUAUACACAUUCAUAUUGCAGCCCAUAAAAUUAGUUACUUUUUUUUUUUCCUGUUUAUUUGUUAUUUGACUAUAUGUUUGCAGUUAUUUUGUUGCAGUUGUAGAUCAUUGUACAGUGCUUAGAAUUUUUAGAUAACAUUUCAACAGAAAUAACCUUUUUCAGGUAAUUGAUAAUAUGUGUAACAAACUUUUGUACAUGACACACUAUCUCAAAGGGCACUGACAAAUUUAGCAUCCAUUUUACUCAGUUUGACACAGUAUGAAUGUAAAUCAGUAUCUGAUUUACCUAUAUAUUUGUUAAUUUUGCAGCACAAUAUAGUUUAUUUUUUGUCUAAAUUGUGAUUAAAACUUCUUGAUGGCACAGUUGUUUGAACUGGAAAAAAUAAUUGCAUCAUAAUUCUGAAUUGGGCUUUUUCGACCCCUUUUAUGAACAUUUUGUAAUGCAGGGAAAUCAAGAUUGUAUUCAGUCUUUUAUGAUGCAAUUAAAAUUGUUUGUAUUUUUAAAGUUUUAGAUAUAACUUAGAUAUGUCAGCAAAUAUUUACGGACAAAAACAUCUACUUAAAAAAAAUAAAAAUAAAAAAAUAAAUUAUAUAUACAUACACACACUGGCAGCCAAAAGUUUGGAAUAAUGUACAGAUUUUGCUCUUAUGGAAAGAAAUUGGUACUUCACCAAAGUGGCAUUCAACUGAUCACAAUGUAUAGUCAGGACAUUAAUAACACGAAAAAUUACUAUUACAAUUUGAAACGAUGUUCAGAACUUCUUAAACUACUUCAAAGAGUUCUCAUCAAAGAAUCCUCCAUGUGCAGCAAUUACAGCUUUGCAGAUCCUUGGCAUUCUAGCUGUCAGUUUGUCCAGAUACUCAGGUGACAUUUCACCCCACACUUCCUGUAGCACUUGCCAUAGAUGUGGCUGUCUUGUCGGGCACUUCUUACACACCUUACAGUCUAGCUGAUCCCACAAAAGCUCAAUGGGGUUAAGAUCCAAACACUCUUUUCCAAUGAUCUGUUGUCCAAUGUCUGUGUUUCUUUGACCACUCUAACCUUUUCUUUUUGUUUUUCUGUUUCAAAAGUGGCUUUUUCUUUGCAAUUCUUCCCAUAAGGCCUGCACCCCUGAGAAACUGGUGUUGAGCGGGUAGAAUUCAAUGAAGCUGUCAGCUGAGGACAUGUGAGGCAUCCAUUUCUCAAACUAGAGACUCUGAUGUACUUAUCCUCUUGUUUAGUUGUACAUCUGGGCUUCCACGUCUCUUUCUGUCCUUUUUAGAGCCAGUUGUCCUUUGUCAUUGAAGACUGUAGUGUACACCUUUGUGUGAAAUCUUCAGUUUUUUUUUUUUUUUGGCAAUUUCAAGCAUUUUAUAGCCUUCAUUCCUCAAAACAAUGAUUGACUGACGAGUUUCUAGAGAAAGCGGUUUCUUUUUUGUCAUUUGUGACCUAAUAUUGACCUUAAGACAUGCCAGUCUAUUGCAUACUGUGGCAACUCAAAAACAAACACAAAGACAAUGUUAAGCUUCAUUUAACGAACCAAAUAGCUUUCAGCUGUGUAUGAUAUAAUGUCAAGUGAUUUUCUAGUACCAAAUUAGCAAUUUAGCAUGAUUACUCAAGGAUAAUGUGUUGGAGUGAUGGCUGCUGGAAAUGGGGCCUGUCUAGAUUUGAUCAAAAAUGACUUUUUUCAAAUAGUGAUGGUGCUGUUUUUUACAUCAGUAAUGUCCUGACUAUACUUUGUGAUCAGUUGAAUGCCAGUUUGGUGAAUUAAAGUCCAAUUCCCUUCUGAAACAGCAAAAUCUGUACAUUUAUUCCAAACUUUUGGCCACCAGUGUGUGUGUGUGUGUGCGUGUGUGUGCGUGUGUGUGUGCGUGUGUGUAUGUGUGUGUGUAUGUGUGUGUGUAUGUGUGUGUGUAUGUGUGUGUGUGUGUGUGUGUGUGUGUGUGUGUGUGUGUGUGUGUAUAUAUAUAUAUAUAUAUAUAAUAUAUUCUACAGUUUCAGUAUUCAGGCAUUGGUCUCUUCAUUAGUCCCAAACUCAAACUAACCCAACUAAACCCAAACUACUAAAUGUAUUUUCUGCCUUUUUAAAAUAAUAAUUUUUGUUUAAAGAAAACAUAUGCAUUGACAGUAAUAGAGGUAUUUUCCUUGAUAACAUAAAAUUAUAGGAGGCUUGUUACAUAAUGCUUUAUAUGACUGGGGUGCAAAAAAGUUUUUAUUGUAUGAUGCAAAUAGUUUUCAUUAUGAAAAUUGUAUGCUGUAUAUACUUAAUAGUGAGGAAUGUAAUUGUAUGCUAAUCAUUGUGUCACUGUAACCAUAUGUAAAUUUAAACUACUAUAGAUUGCUUCUGUCAGCUCAGAGGUGGAAUACAAGAACUAGACUGUGACUUUUUGAUUAGGUCAUUAUUAAUUAGCAGAAUGAUCAGUGUGUUUUUGUGCUAUAGCAAGAAACUGGUGAAAUUUAGCUUAAUGUAAAAAGUGAUUACAGCCAUACUGUUCACAUUCUUGGGGCAUUACAUUUAUAUAAAUGAUGUUAGACUUUGCCUUGCUUUAAGGUGUUUUCCACAUUUGCUUUAACAAGCCCUUAAAGUAUGUGGAGGUUUAUGCCACCUGUUAAUGUAUAAUUCAUUGUAAAAAGAUGACAAUUUUCUACAACCUUUUAUAUGCAAAUAAGGGAAUUAAAUAAAUACUCUUUCAAAUCAAAAAUGUUUUGCCUCUAACACUUUGUGUGAUAUGAAAAACAAGUAAGUGGGCAUGACUUUAAUCUGGACUGAAUCAGAGCAGUUUUUAACCCUGAAUCAAUUAAAAUCCUGGCACAGAUGUACAUGGAUUGGGCUGUUGAGAGGUGUGUGUUGCUGAAUUGCAUGAAAUCGUGAAUAUAACUGCAACCUUUAACCUUCUAGUAGCAUAUUGUCAGGUGAGUGAGAGUUACCCUCCCUUUCAUUCUGUUACUUACAACAGCUUCAAAGUUCAGUUCACUCCGUAAUGCCAAUUCCACACCGACUGUGUUUGAGAGCUGAAAGCAAAACUCGGGAAGGGUAAGUGAAUUAAAAGUUUAUUGUAUGUUGUGCUCUUGUAUGUGCUGUGCCUUGAUUCAAAGUAAAUAGUCAACUUAUACAUAAUAUAAUUUCAUACUUUGUUGAUGCAUUUGUAACAGCUGUGAUCUAUACAAAUGACGACAUGACUAAAAUGUGUAAAAGAAAAUGUGCUACUUGUUAUGGAAUACAAUUGUUAUACAAAAAUAAAAUGGAGAGUUUAUUCGA